CUCUCUCUCUCUCUCUCUCUCUCUCAAAAGAAAUUAUCGCAAACGACAGAAGUCUCUACUCCAUAGCAUCUUCAUGGACGACUUGUGGGUGCACAUCAUCUCAGCAUCCUUCGUCCUCUUCCUUCUCUUCUUGUUCAAAUUGCAGAGAAGCAACAAGAGGAAUCUCCCACCCAGCCCACCUUCACUUCCUAUCAUCGGCCACCUCCUCCUUAUCAAAGAGCCGGUCCACCGAACCCUCCAGUCUCUCUCCGACCGCUACGGCCCGGUCCUCUCCCUCUCCUUCGGCUCCCGCUCUGUGGUCGUCAUAUCCUCCCUGUCCUCGGCCGAGGAGUGCUUUACCAGGAAUGACAUCAUCCUUGCCAACCGCCCCCGCUUGCUCUCCUCCGAGAUUAUGCUCUACGGCAACACCACCAUCGGCUCCACCUCCUACGGCCCCCACUGGCUCAACCUCCGCCGCCUCACCCUCAAAAUCCUUUCCCCCCACCACCUUGCUGGCUCCCUCGCCGUCCGGCUGGAGGAAUUGAGGCUCCUCGUGAAGAGCCUCCAUGAGGUCGCCAUGGCAGCAGCAGGGAGCGGCGGUUUCGCGAGGGUGGAGCUGAGGUCGAGGCUGCAAGAGCUGUCCUUCAACAUCAUCAUGAGGAUGAUCUCUGGGAAGCGCUACCUUGGGGCUACUGUCGAUGCAGGCGACGCCGAGGUGGGCAUACGGUUUUUAGAGGUGAUAAGCGAGCAUUUCGAGCUGAGCGGGACGGACCCGAGCGAUUUCUUAUCAGCAUUGAGGAUGGUGGCGGACUUCAAGGGGAGAGAGAGGAGGAUGGAGGACGUUGCCAAGAGGGCUGAUGUGAUCUUGCAGGGCCUGAUAGACGAGCUCAGGUCGAGAAUGAAGAGAAGCAACGGUGGCCGAGAGGUGGAGAGCAAGACGAUGAUCGAUUCCAUGCUGUUGGAGGGCUACUCGGACGAUAUCAUCAAAGGCCAUAUCCUGUCAUUGCUAAUUGCAGGCACGGACACAAGUGCAGUGACAAUAGAAUGGAUUAUGUCCCUCCUACUCAACCAUCCGAAUGUCAUGAAAAAAGCUCAAGUAGAAUUGGACGAAGUUGUUGGCCGAGACCGUCUACCUAAUGAAACAGACAUCCACAAGCUACCUUGCCUUCACAACAUCAUCAACGAGGCAUUCCGAUUGUUUCCACCGGCACCUCUCUUAGUGCCUCAUGAGUCUGCUGAGGACUGCACAAUUGGCGGGUUCAAUGUGCCCCGAGGCACCAUGAUCCUGGUAAAUGUAUGGACAAUUCAUAGAGACGCAAAUGUGUGGGACGAUCCCACAAGUUUUAAACCUGAGAGGUAUGAGGGACUGAAAGGGGAUCAAGCGUACCGUUUGUUGCCAUUUGGGAUGGGAAGGAGGAGUUGUCCCGGUGCUGGCCUUGCCAAUAAAGCGGUGAGUUUGGCUCUAGCGGCGCUUAUUCAGUGCUUCGAGUGGGAACGAGUUGGUGAAGAGCCAGUGGACUUGUCUGAGGGGACGGGACUCACAAUGCCCAAGAGAGAGCCAUUGGAGGCUAUGUGCAAAGCGCGCGGAUGCAUGAUUGCCAAUGUUCUUGCACAACUUUGAGAAGGCUGCUCUUCAGUGAAUUUAUUUUGGUGAUGUUCCACCGACAUAAUGUUUAUGAACUAAUGUGCAAUAAAAAAGUAAAAUGGUAGGAAUAAAAUGAGGUGGAAAUGAAUGGAGGUAAAAUAAACUCAAAUUAAGAGUGGAAUGGAAUAAGAAUUCUAGCUGUUGUGUCUGAUGAUAAUGUAUUAAUGAAAUGCCCAUUCAGAUGGACUUUCGGUAGGUCUUUGAAUGGUCUCAGAAUACUUUAGACCAUUUGUAUUGUAAGAUGAUAUGUGUGUUUGAAGUCAAGACUUGCUAUUAACUAGAGUUGCUAGGUGAUUGUCA